UCUGGAAAACGCCUUGGCCAGUUGGCCAGUCGCGUUUCGAGCGUUUUCCGAAGGAAGUUUCUCUUCAAUCCAUUCUCUAUUCUAUUCACAGCUUUUCAGUUUGGCCAUUAAAGCAAGCACACGCGCUACGACUCCAAUCCUGCACAACCUACACAAAUUCGUCUCCAUCCCUCAACAAGUUUCGAGGUUUCUUUCUGGAUCGAGUUGUAAAGCUGUCGAUUGCAGUACUGGGUUUUCAGUGAAGUUGAGUUAGGACUUGGGAGAUAAGGUUUUGGCUUUUGCUGAAAAAAAGCAAAAAAAUGGAAUACUAAUUUAAGAGUUCAGAAGAUUUAUGUAACUGGUCUCAGUUUGAAUUUUUGAUCCUAUUGAACCAAAUCCGAGACAGAUAUUUUAACCAAUUGUUAGGGGUAAAGGGCACAAUUCAGCCCUGGUGAUCAGUCGUCAACACAGUAUAGAGCGCCUAUCGUGGCAGAUUCUGUUUCUAUGAUCUCCUUCUAUGCCAUUACAGGAUUCUAUAUCCCCUUGAGUAAAACUGGUUGAAUCGUUUUCGGACUUCAAGGCAGGAUCCUAACGCCCUAGAGCAAAACUGUCAAUACACUUCGGAAAUUCAUGACAAUGAGAACCUCCAUACUGCAGUAGCAGGAUAUUCUGUCUUACUUCUGCUCUCAGCUCUCUGAAUUAGGUCUUUAAUUCUUGCUUCAAGGUAUGAAAGUUGAUUUGUAAGCUUUCAACUUUUGACACAACCAACAACAUCCAAAGAGCUGAUGUUGAAGAAACCAUGCAGCUAUACCACCAUCCUUACUCCUUGGACAGCCAAAAGGUAAGGCUUGCUUUGGAAGAGUAUGGCAUUGAUUACACAUCACACCAUGUCAAUCCUCUCACAGGAAAGAACAUGGAAUCUUCAUUCUUUCGCAUGAAUCCAAGUGCAAAGUUGCCUGUUUUCCAGAAUGGAUCUCAGAUAAUCUUCAACACCAUUGACAUAAUCCAGUAUAUAGAAAGAGUUGCACUAGUCUCUUCAAGCAUCAAUAAUAUUACCACUGGUAGCAGAGAAGUUGAAGAAUGGAUGCAUAAGAUACAAGAAUGGAACCCCAAAAUAUUCACACUCUCACACAUACCUGAAAAGUACCAUCUGUUUGUUUCAAAAUUCAUAAGGCGGGUUGUGAUUGCUCGAAUGGCUGAGUCUCCAGACUUGGCAAGUGUCUAUCACCUCAAGCUGAGAGAUGCAUAUGAUAUGGAAGACAAAUUGAAGGACUCCAACAUUUUGAAACAAAGUGAGGAACAGCUAGUCAGACUUCUUGAUGAAGUGGAGAUGCAACUAAGCAACUCAGCAUAUCUGGCAGGAGAACAGUUUACCCUGGCAGAUGCCAUGCUCAUUCCCAUUCUGGCCCACAUAAUGCUUUUGAAUUUGGAAGAUGAGUACAUUGGUAGUAGGCCCAAAAUUUCUGAAUAUUGGAAUAAAGUCAAGCAUAGACCCAGUUAUAGAAAGGUAAUUGGGAGGUAUUUCGUGGGCUGGAGAAAAUACAGGACUCUGUCAAAAACCUUCUGCUUUAUUUGCAUUCGAACUGUGCUUAGGAGAUACUGAUAAGAGCUAUAGUACUGGAAGACAUAAUAAAAGGAUGGGAUGUUCUCAUGUAGAAAUAAUCUGUAUUCUUUGGUGCAUAUUAUUUCAAGGGGUGAUUAUAUCAUAACUUUUGAUGGAUUUUGGGGGAGUCAACAAUUACUUUCUCUUUUUCUGUAUUAGAUUUGGUUUCAUCUAAUGUUUUUUUCCCACAACAUGCUCCGUUUCUUCCAGGUGGAAAAAGAAACAAAGGAAUGCCUUAUAGAUUAGCAAAUGCUUAUUCAUGGUAAAUAGCCACUUUUCAUAAAGUUCUUGAAUGUUGUAAUAUUGUUGAUUUUGUUUUUUCUUCAAUAGCAACUUCUGUUUGUAAUGGUUCAAGCUUGUUUGUGAUUGGAUUGUCUCAUUAUCCCCA